AUGGCUUCUUCCUGUGCAGCGGGUAGUAAGUUGUGGGUUACCCUGUUGGUGACAGUGUGGGUUCUGGCCUCGACGGGCAGUGCUCAACUGGCAGCCAACUUCUACGCACGUUCAUGCCCUAACCUUCAGCCCCUUGUGCGCAAUGCAAUGCGAGAAGCCGUCAAUAGACAGCCCCGACUUGGCGCCUCGAUCCUCCGCAUGCACUUCCAUGACUGCUUUGUCAAUGGAUGUGAUGGGUCAGUUCUGCUGGACGACACGGCCAGCUUCACCGGUGAGAAAAAUGCCCGCCCCAACCAGAACUCGCUUCUCGGUUUCGAGGUUAUCGACACCAUCAAAACCCGGGUGGAAAGGGCUUGCAAUGCCACGGUUUCUUGUGCAGAUAUCCUUGCACUUGCUGCCAGGGACGGUGUCGCCUUGCUAGGAGGGCCUUCAUGGCAAGUCCCGUUGGGCCGGAGAGACGCAAGAACGGCGAGCCAGAGCGACGCGAACAACGACCUGCCCUCCCCGUUCUCCGACCUCCCAGCCCUAAUCUCCGCCUUCACCGCCAAGGGUCUCACCGCCUCCGACAUGACCGUGCUCUCCGGCGGCCACACCAUCGGGCAAGCCAGGUGCGCCGGAUUCCGCAACCGGAUCUACAACGAGACCAACAUCGACGCCAACUUCGCCACCACGAGGAGGGGCAGCUGCCCGGCAACCGGAGGCGACGGCAACCUGGCGCCACUCGACACCUCCCCCAACCGAUUCGACAACGCCUACUUCAGCGCGCUGGUCGGCCAGCGCGGGCUGCUCCACUCCGACCAGCAGUUGUUUAACGGCGGUUCCCAGGAUGCUCUUGUCAGGACUUAUAGCACCAACGUCAACACCUUCGUGCGUGAUUUCGCCAACGCUAUGAUCCGGAUGGGGAACAUCAGCCCCCUCACGGGGACUAACGGAGAGAUCAGGACCAACUGUCGGGUCGUUAACUAA